GAUGUUCAGUUAUUCAGUGCGCAUGCGUUCGUACUGCCAUCAAGCAACACGUCAAAACAAAAUAAUUUCGCGCGCUAAGAUAGGUAGACAUUUCGCUAUUCCCCCGAGAUUUUGCAUGGUUUGGAUUACUGUGUGUGAAACGAAGAAAAUAUCUUGUUACUAAUUGUUAAAAGUUGAAAGAUUUUCUGUAUGAUAAGGGUAUUAGCAGUCGUUCGUUUUCUUGUAAGAGUAUUUUUUGUUACCAUGUCUUCACACACCUAACGAACAUACUGUUGCAGAACAUCAUUCUAUUAGCUAAUGGGAUCUCAUUGGCACACACAUGCGCCAAGCAUUGCCAAUGGCGAAUAUAACAUUGUCCUCUUUGGUUUAAAUAUUUUGAGCAAAAAAUUAAGAACCAGUGGGCUUGAAUUCUUCAUACCUUUUGCCUUUCAUCAGAUGGGGCAUCGUAACCAACAGUACUACCUCGUUUGUGAUUUGGAAGCGACAUGUAUUUAUCCUCGACAACAUGACUGGCAGCCGGAAAUAAUCGAAAUUGGAGCUAUUAUUCUUAAUUCAAACCUAAACCAAGUUAGUGAAUUUCAAGAAUAUGUUCAACCAGUGGUUAACGCCACACUGACGCAAUACUGCCUAGAACUCACAAAAAUCAGUCAGAGAGAUGUCGACGGAGCAGAUACAUUUCCAGACGUAUAUGGAAGGAUGGUAAAAUGGAUGAGAGAAAACGGAUUAAACCUUCAACCAGGGAGACAAAACUUUACUCUCAUCACGGACGGUAUCUUUGAUUGCAACCAGUACAUACGAAAUCAAUGCAAACUGUCUAAGCUCGAAUUUCCAAACUGGGCCAGGAAUUUCAGCAACAUAAAGAAACAUUUUACGUAUGUUUUGCCACGCAUGCGAAAGCCUGAUGGGAGAUCGAAUAGUAUCACUGAAAUGAUGGAGAAGCUAAGGCUUCCAAUGGAUGGACAAUUGCACCGAGCUUUAGAUGACGCGAAGCUUGUGGUAAAGAUAAUGAAAGAUCUUCGAAGAGUUCGUCCUAGUUUCGAAUUCAAGCCCAACGAAAUACUAAGACCGAAUUGGACAUUGAAAUUCUUCGACUAAACCAGCAAUAAAUCACACAGCAUAACUUAUUGUGUGCAUGUAAAACGAAUUUACAUAUUUAUGAUGCAUUGGAAAUAAAUCAUUAUAUAUAUUUUUGUAUAUUAUAUAUAUGAUGUACUAUACCGCUUUUGGUGUUAAUCUACUAGCAUUUACAAAUAGAUUGUAUAACUUUGGUCCGCACCGGGUCUCAUCAAUUUUACUUAGACAUUAAGAAGAUCAUCGUCUAAUUACUUGCUGUCUCUGCGAUGCAAACGAAAUAGAAGACGAAUAUAAGAGAGUUUAUCCUUCUUCAUUUAUCAGGUCAAAUCAAAACUAUAAAUUCCUAUGAUUAUUCAAUGAUACUCAGUUGUAAGUCCAGUUGUCUAAGUUUCUUUAGGCCUACAUUGCUUUCAAUAUUAGAAAAGUCUUACCUAAAUAUUAAUUACAAGUCGGUGGUGACGUCAUCACUUUCAUUUUGCCUACUGUAAUUGUUUUUUUUUAAUCAUGCAUGAUUAAUUUACAUCUUUUAUUGUAAUUUAAUUUUAA